AUGUUGUUCGAGUCUAUGAUCACGGUGUUCGCGUUCGCUCUCUGCGCUUCUGCUAGAGCUGUCCCGAACCCCGUCGAGGUUUUCAAGCGUGCGCAUACACCCGGUGUCGUCAUUAACAAGUGCUCCAAGCCUGGUGUCCUUGCAUUGGCCUAUGAUGAUGGUCCAUAUCAGUACACCUCGUCGCUAGUAGAUACUCUGGAUAAAGCAGGCGUAAAAGGAACCUUCUUCUUUACUGGCACUUUAUACGGCUGCAUCUACAAUCAGAAGGCCGCUGUUAAGAAGGCCUAUGAUUCUGGACACCAAGUUGCAUCUCACACGUGGACACACCCCCACAUGGGAAGCAUGGGUGCUGCCCAAAUAAAGAGCGAGAUGGAGAAGGUUGAGCAAUCAUUUGUCAACAUCUUCGGCAGAAAGCCGCAGUACAUGCGUCCUCCAUACCUCGAGACCGGAGGCCAAUUCUUGAGCGUCAUGAAGGAGAUGAACUACACUGUUAUCACCGACGAUGUAGACGCCGGUGACUGGAACAAUCAAUCUCCGCAGCAGAGCCAGCAGAAGUUCCAACAAGCCGGUGCUGGCGGGAACGGACACAUCCCGCUCAUGCACGAGACGUACCAGGGCACAGUUACUACUCUGACGAACUGGCUGAUCGACUGGGCCAAGACUAAUAACCUAAAGAUCGUUACAGUUGCCGAAUGCCUCGACGAUGCCAACGGUGCUUACAAGGAGGGAACAUUCCCAAGCAACGGACAAACGUCCUGCUAA